AGCCCAGGACGGGCUGCGGCGGCGGGACAUGCGUGCGGCCCGGGUCCGGGGCCGCGGCGGGAGUGGAUGCUGCGCGCCGCGGCCGCCCCGGCUGCUCUGAGCGCCCCCCGGAGUCCCCCGAGGCCGAGGCGGCGGCGGCGGAGGCGGCGGCGAUGACCGGCGAGAAGAUCCGCUCCCUGCGGAGGGACCCCAAGCCCUGCGGCAAGGAGGAGGGCGACCUGCUGGAGCCGGGCGACGACGAGGCGGCCGCCGCCCCCGGGCCCUUCACGGCGGCGCGCGGGGCCGGGCCCGGCGGCGGCGGCAAGGGCGGCCGGCCGGGGCCCCGCGGCGGCCACCCCCCGCCGCCCGCCGUCCCGCAGCCGCGGCUGCCGCUGAAGCCGCCGCAGGCCCCGGCCGGCCCCGGCUGCGGCUCGUCCUCCUCCCUCGCGGGCGCCGCCGCCUCGGACCCGGGCCGGGGCCACGGGCUCUACCCCGUGCACGAGUGCGUGUUCAAGGGCGACGUGAGGAGGCUCUCCUCCUUGAUCCGGACGCACCACAUCGGCCAGAAGGACCUUCACGGAAACACUCCUUUACAUCUUGCUGUGAUGUUAGGAAAUAAAGAAUGUGCCCAUUUGCUUUUGGCCCACAAUGCUCCAGUAAAGGUGAAAAACGCUCAGGGAUGGAGCCCUCUGGCAGAAGCCAUCAGCUAUGGAGACAGACAGAUGGUUACAGCACUUUUAAGGAAGCUUAAGCAGCAGUCCAGGGAAAGUGUUGAAGAAAAGCGACCUCGAUUAUUAAAAGCCCUGAAAGAGCUAGGUGACUUUUAUCUAGAGCUUCACUGGGAUUUUCAAAGCUGGGUGCCUUUACUUUCCCGAAUUCUGCCUUCUGAUGCAUGUAAAAUAUACAAACAAGGUAUCAAUAUCAGGCUUGACACAACUCUCAUAGACUUUACUGACAUGAAGUGCCAACGAGGAGACUUGAGCUUCAUUUUCAGUGGUGAUGCAGCGCCCUCUGAGUCGUUUGUGGUGUUAGAUAACGAGCAGAGAGUUUACCAGCGAAUCCACCAUGAGGAAUCGGAGAUGGAAACAGAGGAAGAAGUUGACAUUUUGAUGAGCAGCGAUAUUUAUUCCGCAACUUUAUCGACCAAAUCCAUCACUUUCACACGUGCCCAGACGGGGUGGCUUUUCCGGGAAGACAAAACGGAAAGAGUGGGAAACUUUUUGGCCUACUUUUACCUGGUCAAUGGACUUGUUUUAGAAUCCAGAAAAAGGAGAGAACACCUUAGUGAAGAGGAUAUUCUUCGAAAUAAGGCCAUCAUGGAGAGUUUAAGUAAAGGUGGAAACUUGAUGGAACAGAAUUUUGAGCCUGUCCGAAGACAGUCUCUGACUCCACCCCCACCUAACACGAUAACCUGGGAAGAGUAUAUAUCUGCCGAGAAUGGAAAAGCUCCUCAUCUGGGUAGAGAACUUGUUUGCAAAGAAAGUAAGAAAACAUUUAAAGCCACAAUAGCCAUGAGCCAGGAAUUUCCUUUAGGAAUUGAAUUAUUAUUGAAUGUUUUAGAAGUAAUUGCGCCCUUCAAGCACUUUAACAAGCUUAGAGAAUUUGUUCAGAUGAAGCUUCCUCCAGGCUUUCCUGUAAAGCUCGAUAUACCUGUGUUUCCCACCAUCACAGCCACUGUGACUUUCCAGGAGUUUAGAUAUGAUGAAUUUGAUGAAUGCAUCUUCACGAUUCCCGAUGACUACAAGGAGGAUCCAAGCCGGUUUCCUGAUCUUUAAGUUGCCUGGAAAAAUAACCAUACCAGCUUACCAGUGAAAUCGAGUGGAUGAAAGGAUCCCCAGAAGUUGGUCCAAACAAAAGGACAUAAUCCUUCAGAAGAAAAAAGGGAAAUCCAUUGAAUCAGCACAUCAGUCGGUUAUCGGUGAUCUUGUUUGGACUGAGCAGGUCUUCUGAUGUGUGCCAUUGUUCGCCUUUUUUAAAAUAUACAUAUUGUAAGCUUGGUAGUUUGACACCUCAGUGAUUCUAAGGAGUUUGGAUGACAGACAGCUGUGGGGGCUGUGGUUUGUUUUUACACCUUUUUACACUUCUUGGUGAUACAUGGAUUUAGCAUAUAAAGAAAACACUACUGGACCAUUAAUAUUUUACAAAAUGAGAUGUCUUAAUAGAGAUUGAAAUUCUUUUAAACUUGUCAUCUUAUAUUCAAGGUGGCAGAUAUCCUUCAAGCUUGGUUUUCAUCAAUUGUAAAGUAUGUCACAUUAUGUAUAGUUCAGUCAUUUGAAUGUUGUUGAACAUAAUGAACUGGAAGGAAUGCAGUUUUCUGUAGAUGAACAAACCAAAUGGUGACCAUUAAACAGUUGCAUUUUCACAUUGCAAUACAUUUCAGAACUAGCAUUCACUCUGCAGGGAAUACGGUACCUCCUUUUUUAGCACCUUAGUGCAACUCCUGUCUGGUGCUAUUCAUGUUUUUAUCUGAAUUCUCAAGUGGAAAAUGUUUCUUACUAAUCUUUCUGCCAUAGAGUCUCUAAUUAUUCUUUUCUGAUCUAUGUUCAUUAUAAAGUAUUGGUUAGCAUGCUUAAAAAUGUUCAUCUGACAAAUUAUAGCACUUUCCCAAAAAAAGGAAUUCACAAGUUCUGAAAUUGGCUUCCUAUCUAGUGCCCAUUGUGUGGUGGGCUUGUUUUUAGCUCUGAUGGGUUAAGGAUGAACUGAGAAGUGUCAAAGUUUUUAAAAAAACCACAAACCUAAGAUUCUGAAAAUAUAUCUCCAUAUUUACAUUGAACACUUUGAAUAUAGGGUUUAAGUGUUUCAUAUAAUAUAGAAAAUUCAUUUGUUAAAUUCCAGAAAUGUACACUUAAAUUUAAUGACAAUUCCUACUUCGUGGUUUUUUUUUUAAGCCACAUAAAGGAAAAUAUAUUGAUUUUAUUUUGUCUCCAGAUGUUCAAAUCAUGGAUUCUCAAUUUUGCAUUUUAAAUCCUACCUAUUUAUUAUUCCAAGUUGGUUUGAAGGUCCAAAGUUGAAAAUAAAUUAGUAAAAAUUAUGUCUGACAGUCACACAGUGUGAAGUAUAUAUUAGAAGAUUUAGCUCCAAGUAAUGUGAUUUAUAUAAAUGUGUGUCUGGUGACUAUGUACUUAAGAUUGCACCUGUCAAUUCUUUCCUAUGACUUGCAUUUUAGCCUCUUUCAGGAGGCCCACAUCAAUUGGAAUUCUUUGGAAUGUGUUCCUUUACCAAGGUGUUCAUCUCUGCCCACUGUUUGGAUCAUGAAAUAAGUUUGUCGGGAUUUCCAAAACAAGUCACCUGGUUGUUACAAAGGCAGACGUGCUCAUUUCAGAAUGUCCUGAGGUUCGUAGGCUUUUAUUCCAAGAAGCGCUCUCCAAACACUGGACCAAAACAGCUGCCACAGCUUCUGCGAGCCUGUGUCCUGAUGGGCCAGUGGGGGAAGGGUCAAAGAAGACUGGGAUGCUGAAUGAUGGUCUAUUGCAUUUCCACAGGGAUCUACCAGGAAGCUGAUGUUUACAGAGCAGGGUCAUGACACUGAACAGAAGAUGCAUUUAGAAAGUCACAAGCAACACUCUUCAGAGGGAAUUUUGUAAAAGGAUCUCUAAGGCUGCUUUCUCCAUAUCAAUGUGUAUGACUUUGCAUAUAUGUUCAUGUUUUAAUAUUAAGAAAGGAAAUAAUUUUUAUAGUGCAGAAAAAGUAUUCAUGGUUAAAUUUUUAAAAUUAUAAUUAUUGUUGUAUGUGGCUUUUUAGACCUUGGGGAAUGGGUCUCAAUUGUCGUCCUGCUUUAUUUAAGGAAGAAAAACUGAUUUCUUAGCCUGUCUCCCUUUCAGCUUUUGUUGGCUUGGGCUAGAAAUCGUCCUCUCUCUUCGAGGUCCACCACCGGGGAGGGGGAGGGGGGAGCAGGCGAGUGGGUGACUUUAGUUUCCCUUGGUUAGUGUGUAGACUCUCAAAUAAGCCGUAAAAUUUAUUGGGGGGGGGGGAGGGAUCACAUCUCAUUUAAUCACAGUGUGGGCUUGGUCAGUCUCUUCCUGAAAGCUGUGAGUAUUUUACUGGGGUGCACUGGAGGUAGAAAAACUACUGAAUACUUUUGCACUUUGAAUUUUUUUGCACACAUUUGUACUUUUUAAGAAAUGCAAGUUCUCCAUUCCACUGUGUUGCCAUCUUCCCUGUCACAAAGGACGAACAAAUGCCCCCAUACCUCUUCCAAUGGCAACUAUUAGGAAUCAACUCUGAUGCAAAUCAACUUUUCACAGUAUUUCACAGAUUUUCAGAAAUGUGAUUUUUAAACUAUCCGAUAAGUUCUGUUUCAGGUGAAAUCACCAAAACACCAUGUUCCUUUGGCAGUGCUCAUGAAGACAGUUUGAGGCAAUUGGGGUUAAGUGACUCGCCCGGGGUCACACAGCUAGUAAGUGUUAAGGUCUGAGGCUGGAUUUGAACUCAGGUCCUCCUGACUCCAGGGCUGGUGCUCUAUCCACUGCGCCCCCUAGCUGCCUGAGGACAGUUUGUUUUUAAGUGCUACUGAAUAAUGUUGGAAGGGAGCAUUAACAAGCCCCUAGAGAAAUAACCAGGGGUAGUCCAUCCAUCUUCCAUCAUCCUCUUCUGUACUGAAGGUGUGCUUCCAGCUGACAAUAUACAUCUAGUGCAUUUCCACCCACAUUAACCAGGAGGGUGGAAGUCUUAGUAACACAAAUACAAAUAUACUAUUAAUGAAGAGCCUACACCUGGGAGAAUUACCUUCAUGCAUAGGCUCAGAUCAGGACUGGUAGAAGAGAGCAUUUCUGGUGUCAAAAUGAAAUGCUUCUAAAAAGCAGAGAGUUUAGCUAUGAUUUUCCAUAUGAGAAGGUUAUUGGGUAGAAUUCCACCAUUUAUUAAGAAAAAGAAAUACCAGUUCAUUUUUUUUUCUUCCUCUGAGCUAUAUAGAUGGUAUAGAAGUUCUGUCUGGUGGAAGAAGUGGGGAAGAUGAAGAGAAAGCUUUGAGUACAGCCGUGUUAGAAUUUUCUAGGAUUGUUUGGACCUUUGAAUUCAUUGCUUGGUGUGAUAAACUCCCUCUCCUGAGGGGCCCCUUCUGCAAUUUACUGUCUCCACCGGGUAGUGCUGCCUGCCUUAGACAAUGUUGCUAGUAUAAGAAAAAAUGGACUGGAAAUCGAUAGCUGCCCAAAUUACAGAGUUGUCGGGAGAUGACUUCUGGAACAUUAACAUUUAUUUAAAAUGGAAAUUUCAGAUCAGAAUAAUGAUAUUCUUUAAGUAAGAGAAGCAACGAACCAGCGGUUCAGUUUGCACUUGGGAGUAGCUAUGGUCUGGUAUAAACCGAAGAGAAAUGGAACUUCAAGUAACACUCCUCAUCUGUCCACAUAAGAGAGACCGCAGGGAUCCCUGUGUCCAUUCAUCAGAUUGUCUUUAGCUGUUCAGUGUCUCUCUGCCCUCCCUCCCCGCCCCCAGUUCCCUUGCCCUUUAAAGCUGCUGUAAAGACGAUCACAAGCUUUGCAAAAGGCAGGGAGGCUUGGGCUUCUGGAACAACAAUUUCAUGGCAAUAAUUAAAACCCAAUAAAACAGUUUUGCCUAAGAACUGCUUAACUACCAAGUAAUCUGCCAAGUCUAGUCUACAAAUGACACGAUUUUCUUUUAGUCUUUUUGUAAAGUACAAUUUUUAAGACUAAGUCGUUACUGAACUUUUAAAAAAAUUCCUUUAGAAAACAUCGAUAGUUUGAGGUGGAACUUCAUUUACAUAGGAAAGGCCACAAUACUUAGGAACUUGUCUGAUGUUGCACAACUAGCAAACGAUGGAGCAGAAAUUUCCAUUUGGGGUUUUGGAUACACCAUUGUACCUCCAUAUUCGUCAUAAUGAUCAACUGUGGGGAAACAAUCCUUUAGGUACUAAUUGGAGCUACAGAAUAGGAAAUGCUCCUACUCAGCCUCAUAGUUGUCAUUUUGCCUUGGUUUUUAUUGCGCUAGAAAAAGUGCUUUGAAGUUGGCGGCGGCUCACGGGUACGUUCAAACACUACUGUUUUCACUAAGUUUACACUCUCCAUGUAGAAAGCUUGUUACUUUGUUCCCAAAUUUUGUUAAGUUUGCUUUAAUGCUAGAGUUUAUCUUCUUCCUGUGCUUCCAAUAUCCGGUGACCCCCAGAUCCUUAGCAAUUCUUAGACAUUUUACCAUUUGUUAUUCACAUGCUAGCCCUAACUUUUAACUUGCCAGCAUCUUAGGUUGUAUUGGUAGAAUGAAGAAAUGCAGCUAUUUAGUUCUGCUAAUAAGGCGUCAUUUUCAAAAGUUUAUCUGUAAAUGCAAAUAUUCUGUAAUUUUGGAAAAUGUGCACUGGGGGACCCAGCCGCUUUUUUUUCUUUUUUUAAAGUGAAAGAAUGUUAUAGAAAGGACUUUAUGUCAUAGCUCCCUCUGCAACAUUUCUACAAGGACUUUUUUUUCGUUAUUACAAAUAAAAUCCUAAAUUUUCCAAUGA